AUAAAUGUGAGGAUUUUCUCUAAAUCCCUCUUCUGUUUGCUAAAUCUCACUGUCACUGCUACAUUCAGAGCAGAUAGCGCCUGCGCAAUGGAAUAAAGUCCUCAAAAUUGAAAUGUGACAUUGCUCUCAACAUCUCCCAUCUCUCUGGAUUUCUUUUUUUUCUUUUCUUUUCUUUUUUUUUAAUUCUUUUUGCCUCAUUAUUUCUGCUAACCAAUUCAUUUCCAGACUUUGCACUUCAGAAGCAAUGGGAAAAAUCAGCAGUCUUCCAACCCAAUUAUUUAAGUGCUGCUUUUGUGAUUUCUGGAAGGUGAAGAUGCACGCCGUGUCCGCGGCCCACCUCUUCUACCUGGCGCUGUGCUUCCUCCUGGUCACCAGUUCAGCGGCGGCCGCGGGGCCGGAGACGCUCUGCGGGGCGGAGCUGGUGGACGCUCUUCAGUUCGUGUGCGGAGACAGGGGCUUUUAUUUCAACAAGCCCAUGGGGUAUGGAUCCAGCAGUCGGCGGGCACCUCAAACAGGCAUCGUGGAUGAGUGCUGCUUCCGGAGCUGUGACCUGCGGAGGCUGGAGAUGUACUGUGCUCCCAUGAAGGCCUCCAAGGCCGCCCGCUCUGUCCGUGCCCAGCGCCACACUGACAUGCCCAAGGCUCAGAAGUAUCGGCCCCCAGCCACCAACAAGAAAGCCAAGAAGUCUCAGAGGAGGAGGAAAGGAAGUACAUUUGAAGAACACAAGUAGAGGGAAUGCAGGAAACAAGAGCUACAGGAUGUAGGAAGACCCCCUGGAGGAGUGAAGAGUGAUGUCCCACCUGCAGAAUCUUCUGCAGAAGUGAUCUGUUCAACAUUGGGAAAUCUACCAAAAAUUACAUUUGGUCACAUUUCAAAAGACGGGCAUUCCCCCCAAUGAAAUACGCAAGUAAACAUUCCAACUGUG